CGAAUCCUCAAAAUGGCCGCCUUGGCUCUUCUGCUACCCGUUGCCAACGCAGAAGGCGGCUUCACCAAGACGUGCUUCCUCGGUGGCGCCAGUCUCGACGACAAGAAAUACCUCGGCACCACUUGCACCAACGAAAAAUACGAGAUCUACGGCUUCGACUAUUCCGCCUUGAACCUCGAUUGGUGUCUCACAAACGACGGAGGUCGGCUGGCGUUUGCAUCCGAUGGCAAAUUCUCCGGAUCAUGCCAUGAGUGCAAGUUCGACAAGAACUCCGACAAGGGUAGGUUCAGUUGCAGGUGCUCGGAUGGAUCCGGUGAGCUCAAGGACGAAACCCAUGUAGAACUCGGAACGGAGCCAUGGGCUGCUAUGAUCAUGUGGCCAACAAGUCCAGGUGCAGAACUUGCAAGGAGCCGCGCUUCUGAUGUCUCAAUGGCAGCACGGCCUUGUUUGAGCCGCCUGGAAGUAAGCGACUGAUCGAGGCACUGGCUUUGACCGCAGUAUUGUGCAGC